UGUCGGUCCAGUUCUCUUCCGCGACGCUCUGAGAGAACAAGUUGCGAUUCGGUUAUCAUAUGUUCUGCUAAAUAUUACAACAACUUUUGUGAUCAUCAUUUUCAUUGAACUUAAUCACUACCUGAUUUGAUUGAUGAAUUUUAGUUGAUGGUGUUGAUAGUUAUGUUUAUUUUUGGAGUUCAUUGAGUUUUUUCUGAGUGAAUUUGGUGAUAAAUAUGCCCCGGUGUUACUUUUUUUCAACAAUCAUAACAACUUUCUAAAAUUAAUUUUGAAUAUGAAAACAUUCAGAUUUCGGUUAUUUUGUGACUUUAAUAGAAAUUAAUGAAUUUUCUGCUCCAACGAUUUUGUACUUUGUAAGCCAAAGCCUUCUUGAACAGAGGAAAAGAGACUAGGAUAUUCGUGCCGUGCGUUGGCGCAGUUGUGUAUAAAGCGGAGCCAAAAAACCGGAAAUGGCGCAGGGGUGGUUUCUGCUCGCAUUUAUUGCGACUCAUACCAAUGCUCUUCCGGACCAUAUCAGGAUAGGUGGGUUAUUUCAUCCAUCCGACGAUAAACAGGAAGUAGCGUUUCGUUACGCAGUGGAGAAGAUCAACGCCAACAGGGAUAUCUUGCCAAAAUCAAGACUCAGCGCUCAGAUCGAAAAAAUAUUACCACAAGACAGCUUCCAUGCUUCAAAACGAGUGUGCUCUUUAUUGGGUAUGGGUGUGGCAGCAAUAUUUGGACCGCAGAACGCACAUACCGCAUCUCAUGUGCAAAGCAUCUGUGAUACGAUGGAAAUACCACAUUUAGAAACACGUUGGGACUAUCGACUGCGACGUGAAAGUUGUCUUGUAAACUUGUAUCCUCAUCCGACGACUUUAUCAAAGGCGUACGUGGAUCUUGUGAAAGCAUGGGGUUGGAAGAGUUUCACUAUAAUUUAUGAAAAUAAUGAAGGAUUAGUACGACUACAAGAGUUAUUAAAAGCUCACGGCCCGAGUGAAUUUCCUAUUGCGGUUAGACAGCUUGGAGAAGGCGAUGACUACCGGCCGUUGUUGAAGCAGAUUAAAAACUCAGCUGAGUCCCACAUUGUGUUGGAUUGCUCAACAGAACGUAUCCAUGAAGUUCUGAAACAGGCUCAGCAAAUUGGUAUGAUGAGUGACUACCACAGUUACCUUAUAACGUCAUUGGAUUUGCACAGUGUGAAUCUCGAAGCAUUCAAAUACGGAGGAACUAAUAUCACUGCUUUCCGACUGGUGGAUCCUGAGAAACCUGAAAUUCGAAAAGUCGUUCAAGAUUGGAUCUAUGGAGAGCAACGAUAUGGACGUGAACUUGACAUGGGCCAGGGAUUUAGCAAGAACAACGUCACCGCUAUAAAGACUGAAACUGCCCUUAUGUAUGAUGCAGUACAUUUAUUCGCCAAAGCACUACAUGUUCUAGAUACGUCACAACAAAUGGAAAUAAAACCUCUCUCGUGCGAAUCUACGGAUACUUGGUCACAUGGGUAUUCGUUGAUCAAUUACAUGAAAAUUGUUGAGAUGAAAGGGCUAACAGGAUUAAUAAAAUUCGAUCAUCAAGGAUUCCGCACUGAUUUCAUGCUUGACAUAAUUGAGCUCAACAAUAAGGAAGGUCUUAAGAAAAUUGGCACGUGGAACAGCACUGAAGGAGUUAAUUUUACUCAGACAUUUGGAGAAGUUUAUACACAGAUCGUUGAAAAUUUGCAAAACAAAACAUUUAUUGUGACAACGAUUGAAAGUGCACCUUACUUCAUGUUAAAAAUUUCAAGCGACAAACUCCAGGGAGAUGCUCAGUACGAAGGAUACAGUGUUGAUCUCAUUCAUGAAAUAUCACGUAUCCUUGGUUUUAAUUAUACCUUUCAUCUUGUUCCUGAUAAGAAAUAUGGCUCAUAUAAUAAGGAAACGAAAGAAUGGGAUGGAAUGAUCAAAGAGCUAUUGGACCAAAGGGCUGAUCUAGCUAUAGCAGACUUAACAAUAACUUACGAACGUGAGCAAGCAGUGGACUUCACAAUGCCAUUCAUGAACUUAGGGAUAAGCAUACUCUAUCGAAAGCCGAUCAAAAAGCCACCGAAUUUGUUUUCUUUUUUAAGUCCACUGAGCCUUGAUGUUUGGAUUUACAUGGCAACUGCUUACCUCGGGGUGUCCGUCCUUCUAUUUAUUUUAGCUAGGUUCAGUCCAUACGAGUGGGAGAGUCCUAAUCCAUGCAGUGCCCAGUCUGAAGCUUGCGAGAACGAGUUUACCCUCCUUAACUCGCUCUGGUUCACCAUAGGCUCACUCAUGCAGCAAGGCUCUGAUAUAGCACCUAAAGCUGUAUCAACAAGAAUGGUGGCUGGGAUGUGGUGGUUUUUCACACUUAUCAUGAUAUCAUCGUACACUGCUAACCUGGCAGCUUUUCUAACAGUUGAGAGAAUGGAAUCACCAAUUGAAAGCGCUGAAGAUCUAGCGAAACAGACAAAAAUUAAAUAUGGUGCAUUGGGUGGUGGUAGUACCGCAGCGUUUUUUAGGGACUCGAAUUUUUCAACAUAUCAACGGAUGUGGUCAUUCAUGCAGUCAGCACAACCUAGUGUAUUCACAAAAAGCAAUGUGGAGGGAGUAGAAUGGGUGAUCAAGGGAAAGGGGACUUAUGCGUUCUUGAUGGAAUCUACAUCUAUCGAGUACGUGAUUGAACGUAACUGCGAGCUCACUCGAGUUGGCACUGAACUGGAUUCUAAAGGAUAUGGCAUUGCAAUGCCGCCAAACUCACCAUACAGAACAGCAAUCAGUAGUGCAAUUCUAAAAUUGCAAGAGGAAGGAAAGCUACAUAUAUUGAAGACACGAUGGUGGAAGGAAAAACGGGGAGGUGGUAAAUGUAGAGAAGAUAAUCAGAAAACUGGUUCAACUGCUAAUGAGCUGGGACUUGCCAAUGUUGGUGGGGUCUUCGUAGUCCUAAUGGGUGGCAUGGGUGUAGCUUGUGUAAUAGCAGUGUGCGAGUUCGUGUGGAAAAGUCGGAAAGUAGCUGUCGAAGAGCGGAAGAAAUCUUUACACUCGGAUAUCACGAGUGAGCUGCGAUGUUCUAUGGACAGCACCGACAGCCUUGAAAAAUCCACAAAGAUGAUUUCAUGCUAUUGGCCCAAGCAUCAUACAAAUCUAUCUACAGUGUCAGAGGUUGGGUCUACUCCUGGAUAUUCAAAGUACAGUCAUUUUCAAGGGAACCCAUUGACUUAGAAAUACAUAACAAUCAACUACUAUAGUAAUAUAUAUGGAUAAAAAAAUAAUAAAUAUGAUGAGCUUGUGUUAUUCUUGCGAAACCGAUAAAAAUAGAAGUAAAUGUCUUAAUUCUUGACAGUAUUAUCAGAAUCGAUAAUCAUUUUAAUUUAAUUUAUAAUUUUUUUCAUUUUCAACUAUUCUCACUUACACUUUGUCUCAUAAUAAAAUAGUCGACGGCUGUUCUACAUCUAAAGUGAUUAAAAAAUAAACAAAAUUCUGAAAAUUAUUAGUAAAAUAUGCUUGAAGUUAUUUGGAAGUAAUAUUAUAUCCAGUAAUAUUAAGUUUUUCUAAGUUUAAUAGAGAUUUAAAAAAUUACAGAAUGUAUGGAGUAGAAUUCGGAGAAUAGUUAGAACAUCUUGAGAGAUGGAAACUCUUCAUUAUGACAUUCUUUGUAAUUGAUGUUUUGAAUAUUUUGAAGUAAAAUAUAAUCUUUGUAGGGCUUUAUGAAGUUCAAUAAGUUUUGUAAAUGUAUUUUUUAUAUUUACAAAUGAAAGACCAAAGUUACACUGGGGUUGAUAUUAUAUAAUGAUUCGUAUUACUUAUAUCCUUGAUUUCGACCACUUAAUAAUAGACCAGUCAGUUUCUAAUGAUCACAAUUUUCAAUCUAAAUACAUGUUGACUUUAUUUGUUAAUUUGGAUUUAAACUACAGACGUAUUCAAUGUUAAACAUACCUUCUAAAAUUCUAUCAAUUCAUUUAUUUAAUAUUAAUACUAAACUUGAAGGAUCCAGAAUUUGUCACCUUUAAACCAACUCUAGUAAAAAAAAGUAAAGAUCAAGGAAUUUGCAAUUCAAUAAAUUAGAAUGGAAGCAAUAAAGGAUUAACUACAAAUCAAGGAAAAGAUGAAUACAUUAUUUUCAUUUACAUAAAGUAGAUCUCCUAAUUCAUAUAAUAUUUUAAAAGCAGAAUCCAUCAGUAUUAUGUUAUAUAAAACUCCAAGUAUUCUUACAUAAGUAAAUUACUGAAUAUACAAAAAAAAAAAAUUUUAUAGGAAUAUAAAAAAGAAUUAAACUACAUUCCAUCUAUUUCAUUAAACUUGCAAUAACUUAGUCCUUUAUGUUUCAAAAUAAAACCCAAAUCCAUCAUAAGUCUAUAACUUACAAGUAUUUGAGUUUGGUUUUUAGAUAUUAAAUUAUAACUUAUUGAUUUCUAUACCAUAGAUAUAUUAUUAUCUCUUUAACUCUGUUAUGAGAAGUUGAAAUAAAUGUUUUUUAUUGCUAAACAAAAUAAAUAACUGAAAAAAGAGCAAAUGUGAUGUGAAAUCUAUCGAUAUUGUAAAUAAAUGGAUUUUCAUUAGUGUAAAAGAAUGAACGGAAGAACGAGAAAUAAUUUAAUGUUAAGAAGAUAAAACAUGUAUUUUGAUUUGAAUUCAUCCAACAUACUCUUAAAAAUCAUAUUGAC